GAUUACUCACUGAAAUUAGUCUUAAAAACAAUAGAAAAUACAGAAAGGACAAUUUGACAGAGAGGAGAAUGGAUAGUACACAAUCUGAAACUUUGCCCUCAUGUCUGGCUGAUUCUCCUGUGCCUGCUGUGAUCGGCCUUGCAUCCUCUUCCCCUACAAGAGCUGCAGCUCACAUUCUUGGUCCUUUUAACAUCCCACUGGUGAGUUAUUUUGCAACUUGUACCUGUCUUACUGACAAGCAUAUGUACCCAUCGUUCUUGCGGACCGUGCCGAGUGAUCUCUUUCAAGUUAGAGGUCUUGUUCAGCUGGUCACAUUCUUAGGCUGGCUCUGGGUGGGCACAAUAGGCACCACGGAUGACUACAGUCACUAUGGCAUCCAAGCAUUCUCUAAUCAGUUUAGACAACAAGGUGGGUGUCUGGCAUUUCAUCUGACUAUCCCCAAAUCACCCACGCCUGCUGAAAUACAUGAAAUGGCUGACAGGCUGCAGAGUUCAACUGCACAAGUAGUGGUGGUCUUUGCCACAGAGGGACAGCUGCUGGAUCUGCUUUUAGAGAGAAAUGUGACAGGAAUCCAGUGGGUAGCCAGUGAAGCCUGGGUGACCGCUAGCCUGCUGACCUCACCCCGCUUCCACCUUCUCUUAGAGGGCACUCUGGGCUUCUCCUUCCCUGGAGUCAGGAUCCCUGACUUGAAAGAGUUUCUGUUGAAUAUCCGACCCUCUCCCAUACCUGGGAUGGAAUUUGUUAACAUGUUAUGGGAAGAGCUGUUCGGCUGUAGGCUAGAGUUCAGAGGAGAGAAAGAAAAUGAAGCAGAUACCAUGGAUAACUUUGUGGGAUUGGAUGAUUUUGGUUACAGAUUACACUCUCAAAACAAUUCUGGGUCCUCAGUCAGGCCUAUUGUAGAGAAACCACGCACAUUCAGGGCGUCAGCUGAUGAAAACUAUACAGGUGCUGCUGAAAAGCCUGUAUGCACUGGUUCAGAGGAUCUGAGGUACACUGACAGCAGUUAUAGUGAUGUAUCUCAGGACAUAAUAUCCUAUAAUGUGUAUAAAGCUGUAUAUGCCAUCGCUCAUGCUCUGCAUUCUUUACUGAUCUGCAAUUCUACUGGAAAAAAUAAGGGGAUAUGUGACAAAAAUAAAUCAUUUACUUCUAGUCAGUUGCUGCAUCGUCUGAAGAUGGUGAAUUUCACCAACCAGUUUCAGGAGAAGGUAUAUUUUGACUCUAGCGGAGAGCCAGUCCCCCUCUAUGACAUCAUUAACUGGAAGAAGGACAGCAAUGGUGAAAUUAGAUUUGUUAAAGUGGGAAGCUAUGAUGGUUCAGCUCCAUUGGGACAACAAUUGCAGAUAGAGCAGAGCACCAUUGUAUGGACAAAAGGGCAAACACAGGUGCCUGUAUCUGAAUGUAGUGCUCAAUGCUCACCUGGCAGCCGACAGGCCAGACGUCCAGGAGAGCCCCCCUGCUGCUUUGAUUGUUUACCCUGUGCAGAUGGAGAGAUCAGCAACCAGACUGGUUCCACUGAGUGCACAAAAUGUCCUGAAUACUACUGGUCAGACAAAGACAAGGUAAAAUGUGUGGCCGGGGUCGAAGAAUUCCUGUCUUUCUAUGACACCAUGGGCAUCAUCCUAGUCACACUUACACUGCUGGGUGUUGUGCUGACAACCAUCAUCACUACUAUCUUUCACCGUUUCCGUUCCACACCGAUCGUCAAGGCCAACAACUCAGAAAUAAGUUUCUUGCUUCUCCUGUCACUCAAGCUCUGCUUCUUGUGUUCGUUGGCAUUCAUUGGCCAACCGUCUGUGUGGACAUGUAGGCUUCGCCAGGCAGCAUUUGGAAUCAGCUUUGUCCUCUGUCUGUCCUGCCUUCUCGUGAAGACCAUUGUGGUGCUCUUGGCCUUCAGAGCUAAUGCACCUGGUAUCAGGGCUCUGAAGCUUUUUGGUCCCUCUCAACAGAGGAGUCUUAUCCUCUGCACCACAGCUCCUCAGGUUUGCCUCUGUGCUGGUUGGCUGUUGGGAGCGCCUCCCUUCCCAUUCAGGAACCCAACCUUCCAAGCCUCAACUGGAAAAAUUGUUAUGGAGUGUAAGGAGCCAUGGCCUCCUGGAUUCUACCUGGUCCUGGGCUACAUUGGCCUACUGGCCUUCUUCUGCCUCCUCCUGGCUUUCCUUGGACGCAAGCUACCUGAUACGUUCAAUGAGGCGAAGUUAAUAACAUUCAGCAUGCUAAUCUUCUGGGCUGUAUGGAUUUCUUUCAUCCCAGCUUAUGUCAGCUCCCCAGGGAAGUUCACUGUGGCUGUGGAAGUAUUUGCUAUAUUAGCCUCCAGUUUUGGACUGUUACUCUGUAUUUUUGUGCCCAAAUGUUACAUAAUUAUACUGCGGCCUGAGAGAAACAUUAAGAAAGGCAUGACAGGAAAAUAUCUUAGAUGA